GUCGCGGCCGAGUAUUAAUAGAACAAACACGAAAUGGCGCAUGCCGCUCUGCAAUCGCAACCACGGCAGCAAAUCACGGUCGGCAGCUCCCAGAACAUCAAGUCGGAUGACAAGUACGUUCUAGCCCGUGGCUACGCAGCCGCAUCGCGACUGAAUCUCCAGCAUUAUCUAUGGAAAGAAACACAGCGGUAUCUUCUGCAUCCGUGGGUUCGUGAGCAACUGCGUACUUCUGCCGAGACAGGGCACCAUAAAGUCGCGGAUUUAGCGACAGGAACAGGGAUCUGGCUUCUAGACCUUUCCCGCUCGGCAGAGCUCCAGGAUCUCGCCCUUGCCCUGCAUGGCUUCGACAUCUCCUCGAUGCAAUUCCCGCACGCUGCCUGGCUCCCAGAGAACCUCAGCUUUGACGUCGGAGAUAUCCUGACUGACCCUCCCAACGAGCUCUGGGGCACGUUCGACCUCGUCCAUAUCAGACUCGUGGUCUUAGUGGCUCGACAACUUGAUGAUCCGCGGCGAAUAAUUCGUCACGUGCACAAACUUCUAAAACCUGGUGGCAUUUUACAAUGGGAAGAAGUAGAGCCUCUCGGCCACCACCGCAUCCUCGUACGCGAGGGUGCCGGCAUCGAUACCAGUACAACCGAGAUGGAUGAGAUUUUCGGCGUGGUAACAAAGGCUUUUGACUUCACCUGGGUCACACAGAUUCCUAGCCUGCUCGGGCAGGAAGGCUUUACCGACGCAGUGCAGCACUUUUGUGAUCCCCCACCGGUGCUGUACCAGGCAUUGACCUGUUCGCAGCUGAACGUACUGGACGAGCUCAGCCACAGCGAUGUGAUGGCAGGCGAUCGCGGGGUACAAUUCCGCAACAAGAUUGAGGCUGCGUAUUUAGAGGCUUCGGCCGGGAGUGCGGCGGGCGCGUGCACCCAAGUCUCGCCGACUAUAACUGUGGCACGCAAGGCAUUUUGAGGGGUGAGAGACUUGGUUGUAUCCCCUGUUACCUGGGCCUGUACUGCUCUGCUCCGUAAGAUGAGUUCGAGGUCCCUAAGACAUCUUCUGGACUCUCUAAAACCUC